AUGAAAUCUCGAGAAAUUCACAAGUUUUUCGAGCCAUUGGUGCUUCUCAAGGCCCUUGGUUCCGCAACAAGAAAGACGGCCGUUUCACCCAGCUUGGAGGCAUCAAUUGACAUUGAGGAUGACGAAGAAAUCUUCAAGGCCUUUGUGUACAAGCUAGGCCACGUCUGCGACAACGUCAAAGGAGAUUGUGGGGCAACAAUCACUUCCUUCUGCGUCUUGCAGGAUCAGGCUGAAGAGGACCUGGUGCACUACUGGUUUGCUUCGAAUCAGCGCACGCACGGGGAGCUAGAGACGACCAAGAUCUAUGUCAAAGGGCUCCUUGAAAAGGCAAACGAAGCUUCUGAGGAUAUUGGAAAAGAAAAAGAGGUCUUCGCAACUCUCCUCUCUAAUGUCUUGAGCUUCAACCGGCCGAGAGUGACCUACUACAUCAAACAGAUCAUAGCCCAAGCAAGCAAGUGUAUCAGCAUAUGCCUUAGCAGCGUCGAUGAGAAGAUUGUCGAAAAAUGCCACCAAAUCAUUCUCAUGCUUGAGCGGAUUCAGCUGUCAUCCUCUGGGCGUGUGAUGACUGAACGUGCCCUCGAAGGUCGCAUGCUCGGCGUCCCAAGCGAGGAUUGUUGGUCGGACCUCCAGCAUAUGAUCAAUCGUACACUGGCAUAUUCUCAGUCUGUCCGAUUCAUGCUACGAGCAAAGCGAAAGUGGCCUGUACUCUUUAAACGAUUCGACGUGUCCUUCUACGAAUCCAGUGAGCGCAUGCCGCGGCCAUCCCGAAACAAGAGCCAAAGUGCAGAAGGAAUUGUCGGCCGAAUGACUCGCAAGCCCGACAUAAUGGAAACCUUUCGAAAUUUCGUUCGCGAUCUCCAAAUGUUCGACCUUGACAAAUUGAUCCAGGAGGAGUAUAAACGGGACACCUUCCACCCCAUUGUCCAUUCAGAGGUCCUGCUUUUGGACCAGCUGGAUAAACAAGGUCUUUUGCAAAACCAUUUCUUCUUCAAUGGAUGGAUGUAUAUCGGUAGCAGCAAGCCAACCUGCAAGCUCUGCGAUUACUACUUUGAAGCUCAUCCGUCGCACAUCAGACGCCGUCCCACUCAUGGGAAUCUGUACAUCAGUUGGCGCUUUCCCGACGUACUUAGCACUCAAGGCGAGGAAGGGGUACAGAGAAGACAGGACAUUCUUGACAGAAUGCUUCGGAAGGUGCGCAAAGAGGCUUUUGAUAUCGUUAGGAUGAAGACACCUUCGAGCUACAGAGGAGAGGACUCUUUUACAUACUCGGCUGUGCUUCCAGUGGACAGGUCCACGGAUCGCGGAUCGGAUGGUGAUGUGGACGAUUUAGCGUCACUGAUGGGCCAGGUCGAUUUGGACCGAGACCUCUAA